UAAUACAUCUUACUUAUAAUAAGAAUUUGAAAAUUAUACAACAAAUAAACAUUUACAAUUUAUUUUAUCUUCAUAUAGAUUCAAACAAAUACGAUUUGAAAAGAAAUUAAAUAUUUGUAACAAUAUGAAUAAAUACUUGACACUUGCAAAAGCAGGUACAAGUUACGCCAAACAUAUGAAUCGUUUGAGUAAUCGAAUAUUCGGAGAAGUAACAAGAACAGUUAAUUCAAAAUCUAUGAAAAUAGUUAAAUUAUUUAGUGAAAAACCAUUACAAAAACGACCAGAAAUUGUUGAUUAUUAUCCACGGCAUCGUGAAACUAAUGAAUUAAUGAAUCAUCUUAGAAAUUAUGGAUUAUUCAGAGACGAACAUCAAGAUUUUAAUGAAGAAUUUGAACGUUUAAGAGAAUUUCGUGGAAAAAAGAAAUGGAUUCCACCACCUUUUAGAAAAUAAUCAUUUAUAAAAUUUGCAUAUAUUCAAUGUAUUACAUAAAAUUAUUUUAUAUAAAAUAUAUGUUGUAUAAAUAAAUUCAAAUGCCAUAUGUGUAAAUAAUAAUAUAAAGAUUCCAAAAUACAAAAUAGUAGAAUAUAUAUAAUUUUUUAGGACAUAUCAUAACAUUACAUGAAUAGGAGGAAGUUACUUCUUCAAAAUUAAAUGGUAAUAAUAAUUCAAGAUCAUCUAUAUCUACUUGAUCGUUGAAUCCUUUUAUCAUGUCUUUAUGAAAUUGCUGAUUAUUGCAUAACAAUGACUUAUUUAUAGUACUAA